AUGAAACAGCUGAAUCACAAACGAGGUACCAACAUCUUGUUCUUCAAUGAAGGUCUGGCAGGGGGCGAUAAAGUCACUCCAGACACGCUCUGGCGACUCAACACGUUAAGAACUUUGAGGAAACUCUUUAACGAAACAGAGAAAACAAUAGACUACCUGAAGAUCGAUAUUGAAUAUUGGGAGUGGGAAGCUCUCGAUCAAGCAAUUCAGGAUGGAUCCUUAUCUAAGGUAAAACAAAUAGGUUUAGAAGUGCACAGACACGAGAUAUACAGCAAGACCUCAUCUGUCGACAACUACAAACUCUACUUCAAGAUAUUUUCUAAACUGCGAGAUUUAGGUUUCUACAGGUGGAACAGUCACUUGAACCCGCAGAGCUACACGGCGAUAUCCACAUACUCCGGUCAGAAGAUCAUGUGCUGCCACGAAAUAAUCUUCAUCAACGUUAAUUAUUUGCCUUAG